AUGGGUACGAAUAUAUCGUACAUUUGGAACUUCCCAAGAGUUAACAAGUUGCAAAUUGAAGAGCUUAUAGGAAUGACCCACGACUCAAGAUUGUCGGAGCGGGCUAUUAAGGUCUGCCAGCUGAUUCUGGUCUGGGUUCAUGGCGGUCCAGCGAGUCCUGAUCGGAGCAGUGAAACACAUACUCUCCUGAACCGUGAGGGCUGGGUACUGGAUUUGCAACCACCUGUCCUGGAAUUGGCGCAUGGUCGCCGAUCGAUACAAAUCCAUGACGCCGUAAAUUUUUCUGUUGAGAUGCAUGAAUUUCUCGGCUCCCUUGGCAAAGGCUCGAAGGAGGGAAUCCGACCUGCCUUUCUGGCAAAGUAUGCAUUCAAGACAGCCUUGGAAGAUCCCAAGGACUAUUCGAAGGGAGAAAAUCCCGUUCCAGCUAUUGCUAGAGAAGAUUGCAGGUCGGGGUCACUUGAGAAGAAGGGGGCGGUGGAAGACUAA